AUGGAAAACACAAAUAAUUCACAAGAUUCGAAUCCUAGUGUAAACAAGAGGUUACCUAGAAGCCAGAAAAAACGUUUAAAGAGGGAGAAAAAACGCUUAGGUCGCAGACUCAAGAGAUCUGAAGUCAAAAAGAGGAGGAAAUCUGUUAUCCGUGCUGAACGAGAUAAGUUUUUAUCAUCUUUAUCUCCAGAUGAACGGGAAACUUAUAUUUCCAAUUUGAGGGUUACAAAUUAUGAGAAAUCAGUAAACCUGAACAAUUUUCUAGAAACUGCUCAUAGAGAAGGCCUGCCAAUUUGCAUAGACUGCAGUUUUGGUGAUGACAUGAAUUCAAAGGUACUAAAAUCAUAA